AUGGUAAGAGAGGUGAACAAGUACCCAAUGGUCACUCUGGGUGAGCUCCACAGAACCAGUGUGGAGAUGGCCGCAACUUCGAAAAUGGCAACCAUCACUGCAACACUCCACUGGGCUCUGGGCUUUAUAAUAGCAUGGCCAGGAUACAAGAUUCCCUGGUCUGAUGAAGGCGACCCCCUGUUAAAGUACGUCGCCCCGACGGUUUUACACCAGUGUCACCUCGCUGUCACAACCUGCAUCGUGGAAUUUGCCAAAGUGAAUGCUAACAAGUCGACCAUCACUGAGAACAAAUUAAAGGUGGAAGGCUGGCUAGAAAGUUUAGGAAGAUGCCCGCCGCACAUCUGUGAUGUCACCUGACGUCUGGAUUAUCAGAUCAAGAACAGCUAUGUGCAUCCCCGGGUGGACGAGCCCUUCUAUCUGAUUACUCUCACGGAUGAAAUUAGUUUUAGCUGCUUGAUGGAGCAACUGCAGGAUUUCCUGGGGAAAAUGAAAGAUGCUUCAAAAGCUGUGGAAAAGGCCCCUCAAAUGUGA